UAUACACAUGUGUUGUUAAAGAUUGCCAUAACUCUAUUAGAGAUAUUAUAAAUUGGAAGAAUUUAUUCUGUGAAGAACAUGGGUGUCUUAGAAAAUCUGAUUUAUGUUCCUGUAAUCCACCUUUCAGGCUGUUUACAUUCCCUACCACAUUAAAAUGCUCAAUUAAAAGGAACACUUGGAUAAAAUUAAUAAACAGAAAAACAAAAGAAGGAAAAUACUGGGAACUAUCAAAAGACAGUCAUGUUUGCUCCAACCAUUUUGUUGACAAAGAACCAAGCAUAGAAUUUCCUAACCCAACUUUAAAUCUUGGAUAUAAUGCAACUGAAAAAUCUGACAUGCUUUUAUCUACAGGUAAAAAAAGAAUUAUAAACUAUCAAAAUGAACCAAAUAACUCUAAGGAAGUAAAAUGUUUUGCUGAUUCAAGUGCAUCUAAAAGUUUUGAACUUGUCAUUAAUGUACGAAACUCUGUUACAUUUGAAAAAUCAAAAUCCAAUUUUGAAAAAAUUAAAAAGUUUUUGAGCAUUAAAGAUUUAUUAUUUUCAUUAUUGGUAUUUAUUAUUUACAGUUUAACAAAACAUCUACUUGAACUUAAAGAACAAUUAACUUGCGCAAAACCACUUUAUAAAAAACUAUUAACAGAAAAAAAUAUAAAGUUUUAUACUAAUCUUGAAAAUUUAGGAAUGUUUCAUAAACUUCAUGAAAAAAUUUCACCUCUAAUAAAGAGACAUUAUCGUCAAAGGGAUAAGAGCAAUGAAAGGCGUAAUUUUCAAUCAACACCAGAAAAAAUGGGACCGCCAAGAAAAUUACACAAGAUGAAAUGCUUUUAUGUUUAAUGAAACUCCGACUGGGGUUACUAACAAAAGACUUAUCAGACCGCUUUGGUAUUUCAGAAGGAUUAUGCAGCAGUAUUUUCAAAUCUUGGUUAAGGGCCUUAGCAGAGUAUUUAAAAUGUUUUGUUUAUACACCAGACCUUGGAACAAUAAUUGCAACAACACCUGAAAGAUUUCAUCAGUUUAAAAACUUAUUUGCUAUUAUUGAUUGUUCAGAAAUAUUCAUAGAGACACCAAAAGACUUAAAACUUCAGAGUGCAACUUGGUCUGAAUAUAAGCAUCAUUUUAAUAAUUACAAAAUAAAAGACUUUAAAACUUUAAAAGACUUUUGUUUUAUUAAUUGCAAUGAAAAGUUCAUCAUAACACCUUAAAGUUGCAUCAUAACACCUUAAAGUUUCUUAUUGGCGUUGCACCAAAUUCAAGUAUUAUAUUUGUGUCAAAAGCAUUUACAGAUCGAAUUGGUGACAAAAAGAUAACUCUUGACUCUAAGUUUCUUGAUCUGGUUUCAAGUUAUACAUUGAUGGCUGAUAAAGGUUUUAACCUUAUUGAAGAAUGUGUUGCAAGAAAAAUUUAUUUUAUUACUCCACCUGGUCAUAGAGGCACCUCACAGAUGAUAGCAAGUGAUGUAAGCAAAACUAGUGCUAUUGCUAAAGUUAGAAUAUUAGUUGAACAGGUUAUAAGAAGAUUAAAAGCCUUUCGAAUUAAAUCACAGGAAGUGCCAAUAAGUUUAAUACCAUGUAUUGAUGAUAUUCUGGUAGUUUGCUCUGCAUUGUGCAAUUUUAAAGAAUCUAUCAUGACAGAUUAAAUUUAUUUUUAAGUUUAUGUAACUUUAUUUUCCAGUAAUAAAUUAAAUGAAAUAAA